UCAGGGACCACCACCAUGACCCCAGGGACCACCGGCACUGACAGAACCAGCACAACCAUGGCAGUGAUGACCCCAACCACCUCAUGGACCUCCACGACCAUCCCAGAGACAGCCACGGGCACCUCAUGGACCUCCACCAUGACCCCAGGGACCACCACAAACAUCCCAGAGACAUCCACAACCCCCUCAGGGACCACCACGAACACCCCAGAGUCCACCCCAACCACCUCAUGGACCUCCACCAUGACCCCAAGGACCACAACAAACAUCCCAGAGACCGCUACCAUGACCCCAGGGACUCCAACAAUGACCCCAGGGACCACCACGAUGACCCCAGAGACAGCCACGAGCACCUCAUGGACCUCCACCAUGAUCCCAGGGACCACCACAAUGACCCCAGGGACCACCACCAACAUCCCAGCGACAACCACAGCCACCUCAUGGACCACCACCAUGACCCCAGGGACUGCCACGAUGACCCCAGGGACCACCACGAACACCCCAGAGUCCACUCCAACCACCUCAGGGACCUCCACGACCCCCUCUGGGACUACCUCCUCCACCUCUGGGACCAUCACGGCCAUCCCCAGUACCACCAUGUCCACUCCAACCACCUCAGGGACCUCCACGACCACUCCAUGGACCACCUCAACCACUUCAGUGACUGCCACGACCACCUCAGGGCCCACCAUGGCAUCUUCCACCGCCACUCUGGGGACAUCAACGACCGCCCCGGUGGUGUCAACCACCACACCCACCUCGGCCACCUCCACGACCACCUUGGUGACCCCCACAGCGCCCACCACCACCACCACCACCCCUUCGACCACCGCUGCUCCUCCUUCAGGGCUGUGUGAGAACGGGGGGACCCCCGCUGGCAGCGGUUGUCUCUGCAGCCCGUCCUACGCCGGUCCGCGCUGCGAGUUCUCCACCGACACCGUGGAGACCAACCUGCCGUUCCCUGGGACCAUCAUGGCCACCCUGGACGUGGAGGUGACCGUCACCAACUUCAACUACUCCGAGGACCUGAAGGACCCCACCUCCGAGACCUUCCGCUCCUUCCAGAACCACUUCCGGCAGGAGAUCAAGAAGAUCUACGGGACCCUCCCUGGCUACGAGGGCGUGGAGAUCACCAGCCUCAAGCCUGGCAGCGUCGUGGUGGGACACCAGGUGUUCUUCACCAUGGCCCAGAGCGGCAGCACCACGGAGAAGUUCCAGGAGACCACGGGGGAGUUGGUGGACAACCUCCAGGAGGCGGAGGCCAGCCAGGGCAACUGCCAGCACAACACCUCCGUGCUGUGCCUGGUGCUGCGACCCAACCCCGUGGUCAGCGACAUGAGGGAGGUGUUGGACCUGGACGAGCUGUGCCACCAGCGAGCCCCCCCCGGCUACGGUGACUUCUUCUCCCCGGACAUCUCCUCGGGGGUCCUGCACUGCGUCACCUCCUGCACGCCCAACCUGCCCCAGAGCCUGGACUGCCACCACGGCCGCUGCCACGUCACCCGCGAGGGACCUCGCUGCUUUUGCCCGGACGAGGACCUGUACUGGUACACGGGGGCGCAGUGCUCGGGCCGGGUCAGCAAGGUGGCCACCGGGCUGGGCGUGGCAGUGGCCCUGCUCUUCCUCAUCUGCCUCAUCCUCGUCGUGGUCCUGCUCUGCCGCCGGCACCAGCGCUCCCGGAGUGACCUCCCCCCCUAUUCGGGGGGUUCCUGGUACGAGUUCGACGAUUUCACCUGGAGCCCCCCGCGGGGGGCCGUGAUCCCAAACCCGGGGGUCGCCCCCCAGCCCGCAUUUGAGGACCCCGAGAGCUGGAGAAGACCCCCGGGACCCCCCCCCCGCCGCCCCCCGGUGGGGUCCCCCCGCCUUCCGACCGUCCUUGGAGCGGGUGGAUCCCUUCCUGCAGCUGAGGACCCCGAGGCCGAGGGUCACCCAUGACCUGUGACCCCCCCCCCGGCACCUCCUGGAGCGCCACGAGGGGACCCCGACCCCAACGAGGAGACCCCGACCCCAACGAGGAGACCCCGACCCCGGUGAGGGGACAUCGACCCCAAUGAGGAGACCCCAACAUGGGCCAGAAGACCCCGACCCCAAUGAGGGGACAUCGACCUGGACCAGGAGACCCCAACCCAAGUGAGGGGACCCCAACCCCAACCAGGGGACCCCACAUGGACCAGAAGAUCCCAACACGGACUAGAAGACCCCAACCCCAACUUGGAGACCCCAACAGGGACCAGGAGAUGCUGACCCCAACCAGGAGACCCCAACCCAAAUGAGGGGACCCUGACUCCAACCAGGAGACCCCGACCCAAGUGAGGAGACCCCAACACGGACCAGGAGACCCCAACAUGGACCAGGAGACCCCAGCCCCAACCAGGAGACCCCGACCCCAUGAGGGGACAUCGACCCCAAUGAGGGGACAUCAACCUGGACCAGGAGACCCCAACCCAAGUGAGGAGACCCCAACAUGGACCAGGAGACCCCAACAUGGACCAGGAGACCCCAGCCCCAACCAGGAGACCCCGACCCCAGUGAGGGGACAUCAACCUGGGCCAGGAGACCCCAACCCAAGUGAGGAGACCCCAACAUGGACCAGGAGACCCCGACCCAAAUGAGGGGACCUCGACCUGGACCAGGAGACCCCCAAACCCCAAGAGAGA